UGGCUCAAUAAGCACCCUCAGUGCUUUUUCAUACCUUUAGAUUUGGAGAUUAUAUAUUUGAAAUAUACUGAAGAUCUUUAAAUGGAGCUAAAGGAGACAGUGGAACAACUGCGUCCCUCCACGGACGAUGGAGGGAGAUUAAUGACCAGAAAAACAUCACAGCUGGACAGAACGUCACUCUGCCGUGUCGAGCUCGAGACAACAACAUCCCCAUCAUAGUUGUAGAGUGGAGCAGAGCUGACCUGGGCAAAGAAAGUGUCCUAAUGUACCGGGAUAAGCAGUUGGAUCCAGAUCACCAGCAUCCAUCUUUUAAGAACCGGGUGGAUCUGCAGGACAAAGAAAUGAAGGAUGGAAACGUGUCUGUGAUUCUGAAGAAUGUGACGAUUAAUGACGCUGGAACAUACGAGUGUCGUGUCUUCAGGAGAGGAACAAACCGCAGGAAGAGAGCUAAUCUGAAGACUCCCCCUAUCAGCAUCAUCACCCUGAGAGUUGAUCCUCCAGGUCAGCCAGGAGGACACACAGAGGAUGGAGGGAAGGAGGCAGGGAAGGAGGAUGGAGGAGAGAAGAGUGGAUCUGUUGGACUAAUAGCUGGUCUGAUAGUUUCUGCUGUGAUUCUUGUUUCUGCUGGUAUUGGCUUUUUGGCCUACAGAAAACAUAAACCACAAAAGAGUCAGGUUUCACAUCAUCUUCCUGCUAAACUACAUUUUGAAAUGUCUGAGAGCUCUCUGAAUUCUGAAUCUCUUGCUGAUGAACAUGGAGACAGAAGGGACUCAGAAACAAGAAACUGUCACCAACACUCCACAAGGAUCCCUGAUGUCACUCUGACACUUGAGAAUGAACUAGUUUGUCCUCCUCAGGAAACAGCAGGACUGCUUCCAGAGAGAAACAUCAGAGUGCAGUAGAUAAUGUCUGACAGCAGUUUGAAGAGGAAAUGGAUUCUGUUCUGUUCUUCACUCAUCACCUACCUGACAGCUGACACCUCACACCUGUUUCUCACCUGCAGGUCAGACAGGAGGAGACCCUGGGCUGGAAGCUGGUCUGUCAGUUUUUGGUGUGUCUUUUUUUUUUCCUGAAACUAUUUUUCACCUCCUCCUUGUACUGAACAAAAGCUGGUCUUAAACUACAUUUAUAUUAUAAGCUAAUGAAAUGUUUCAUAAGUAAAAUCUGACGGUUGAGCUUUCAGAUUACUGCAGUACUAUUUAAUCUACCUCAUGCUUUAUAACCUAUUUAUUUCCCUCAUUACAAAAUGUCCAACUAAUGUUCCUUCUGCUAUCAGUUAGUGAAGCUUUAGUAGAAAAUAGAAUCAGUCUAUUUCAGCUUUAGCGCUGGAUACAUGAAAAUCUAUUUACUGUCAUUUCAUUGUUUUUAUGCUUGUUGUCCUGCUGAGUGUCAAAGAACAAACUUCACACUAAUAGAAAACAGAUCAAAUAGUCUGACAGGUGCCUCUUCAUCACAGAGGCAACACUGUGAUCAGUAAAAUUAGACGGUCAUUGUUAUUAAAUGUUCUCAUUAGUUUCUUUCUGUUUCUUUAUUGUAUUGAUAAAUUAUUACACAUAAUUCUCAGUAAUUAUACCAAAACCUAAGAGUAGAAUACAAACAGACCAUGACACAUUUUUCAGGGAUCCUCAGCUGCCAGAAGCAGAUCAGAAAAGAUCAUAAUGUUUAAUAUUCUGUAAUUGAUCAGAAAUGCUCAAAUAAUGAGGAAAUAAAUGAUGUCAAAGUUAA